AANAUAAGAUGCUGCAUAUCUUGCAUUCUACCAUGUGGAGCUUUGGAUGUGAUCCGCAUAGUACACUCCAAUGGCUACGUCGAAGAAAUCAGCGGCUCAAUCAAAGCCUCCGACGUCAUGAAAGCCCAUCCCAAACAUGUCCUUAAGAAGCCCUCCUCUCCCUCCUCCUCCUCCUCCUCCGCCGCCUGCUCCGAUGACGCCUCCGCCCUCCCCAAGAUCGUCAUCGUCCCACCGGAAGCUGACCUCCAACGCGGUAAGAUUUAUUUCCUCAUGCCACUCCCUCCCAACCCUGACAAGCCUCGCUCCCGAUCCUCCUCCCGAAGAAAGAAGAGAGUUACCAAUAACAACAAUAAAAAUAAUCAUCACUCCGACCGAACACCCCCCGCCGCCGCCGCCGCCGCAUCGGCCACCGCCGAUCCCGACGACAACAACAACUCCAUUUCCAUGUCCAACCUCCUCGUUUCCGAUCAGUACCUCUCUGAAAUACUCUCCGAGAAAGCCUCCACCCACCGCGAACGGCGGCGCGGCCGUGUCGGCGUCUGGAGACCUCAUUUAGAAAGCAUUUGUGAGUCACCCAGCGAUGUCUAAUAACCGGCUACUCAGGUUGUGGGUCUUUUUCCUUUUUUUUUUUUUUCUUUUCUUAAACAUAAAACCAUAUAUAAAUAUAUAUCAUCAUAAUUAAAUUCCAUUUCUUCAAUAUCAUGAUCAUUCCUUUCCCCCCAAAGCCCCUUUCCAAUUUCACCAGAUUGAUUGCAGAGAGAAGGAUCUGAAAUUAAGAAUGUGGUAAAUUUAAUUUUUUACUAAUCUAUUUUUCUGGAAAUUUGUGGAU